AUGCUCUGUGGCUUAGUAGUAGAACAUCAGUUUUGCAUGCAGAAAGUUCUCAGCAUCUCCAGCUGGGGUCAUUGUCACUCCGGUUGGGAAACGUUUCUGUUUGCCACUAUGCAGGGGAAGAAGUUUCUAAUCCUCUUCUGGCUACAGGUGUGCUGUUGGGGCCCCAGUUCUGGUGGGAAAGUUCUUGUCUGGCCCACAGAUGGCAGCCACUGGAUUAACAUAAAGAUGAUGCUCAAUGAGCUAGCCUUGAGGGGCCACUCAGUGACGGUGUUGAUACCCUCAGCCUCUUACUUGAUUGAUCCGAAAGAGGCAUCGUCCUCCUCUUACCGCAUUGAGGUCCUGCCUGUGACCUUCACCAAAGAGGAGGUUUUGGCUGUUGUGGAGAAAUUCCUGGAUGUAGCGACGUAUGAGUUGCCCACGCUCCCCUUUUGGAAAGCGAUGCAGAAGAUGAGAGAAUUAGUUGCUUCCUUCGACGAAAUGUCUAAACAGGUCUGCGACAGCAUUUUCCACAAUGAGACGCGGAUAGCGAUGCUGAGGAAGGAGGACUUUAACGUCCUCAUCUCAGACCCACUGACACCUUGCGGUGACCUGCUGGCCGAGUUGCUCGGAAUCCCCUUUCUGUACACUUUUCGGUUCUCAGAUGGCAACAGCAUGGAGAGACUCUGUGGACAACUCCCAGCUCCUCCUUCCUACGUCGGUGCCAGCACUGGAGGGAUGAGUGACAGGAUGAGCUUUGUUGAGAGGAUGAAAAAUGUCCUCUUCUAUGCUUUCAGUGAUGGAUUUUUCCUGUAUUCCUUGGCAAGUGAGUGGGAUCGAUAUUACAGCGAGAUUUUAGGUAAGUGUAGGCAAACUUUAGGGUUUUUGUUCUUCAGAGGUGCCAGGGUUUUAUUUAUCCAAAGUUACGGGCAGAUGCUCUGUGGCUUAGUAGUAGAACAUCAGUUUUGCAUGCAGAAAGUUCUCAGCAUCUCCAGGUAGCUGUGAGAGAGACCCCUGGAACAGCCCUUGCCAGUCAGUGUGGACAGAAUUGAGCGAGAUGGACCAAGGCAGCUUCCUAUCUUCUGAUGCUUCCACCCCAGAAAGUUGGAAAUGGUAUCAUCUUUGGCCAACAGGGUGCUGCUCUUGUUUGCUAUUGAUUUGGGCUUUGAAGUACGAGGGAAAAGAUUGCAAAACCUGUUUGAGCACAGAUGAUAACAGGACAGAGAAAUAUGCACGUCAUCAGCAACAGUGGCUCAUCUCAUUUUACUUUUA